CCGCGGAUCAGUUUGCGUCAGGCAUGGGUACACACACGUUCGUCUCCGCGACCCAAUUUGGGUUCCCUGGCUCCGCUCUUGGCUCCGCUCGCACUGGCUCGCCGAAGCCCACCGCCUAGUGAAUGGAGUUUAUUUUACCAUGCCUUGUUGUGCAGUGCUUAACUGUUCAAAUUACCGUAAAGGAAAGUCAGAAUAUAAAUAUUUUCGGUUUCCGAAAGACAAAGAAAGAAACAUGUGCAAAGUGGAUCCAUUUGUGUGGGAGAGAAAAGAAAACCGACUUCAAUCCAGCAACUCAGCGAGUAUGCAGCAGACACUUUCCUCCUUCAGCAUUUCAGAGGAAUCUGAAAUACGAACUCCUUCGACUACCGGUGCCUUCAAAUCAAAUAGCAUUCAAGCCUGGAGCAGUGCCCACCUUACAUUUGUCAUUGCCACCGGCCACAAAGAGUGCAGAGUGUCCUGAUGUAUUGAAGACACAAGAGAGUGCAGCCUGUUCAAAUGUGUUAAAGACACAUGAGGAUGCAGCCUGUUCAGAUGUGUUGAGGACACCAGCGAGUGCAACCUUUCCAGAUCUCGAUAAGACAGAAGCAUUGCCGGAAUGUCAACCUUUGACCUCUCUCUCGCUCUCUUCCUCCUUUGCUGCAGACAUUAUGCAGUUCGUCACAAAAGGACGGAACGUCGGACAAGAACGCUGCUGGGGAUGGAUUUUACCAAGGACAUGUAACUGGAUCGACUUCUUCUGCCCACCUGCUUGAGGCCCAUAGUGAAUUACAGCAAAUGCUACACCGAAGAACACAGGAGAGGGAUGCCCUUCUUAGGGAGUGCAAGAAAUUGAAAACAGAAAACAAGUCAUUAAAGAAGCAAGUCCCAGCUUCAUACGAAAGGGCCGUAACAGAUAUGAAAAAAGGACUUGAGAAGUGUUUCACAGACACACAAAUAAAUGCGCUGUUGAGUAACAAACAAGUUGCAAAUUAUAGUCAUACAGAUAUAUCUGAAGCAAUAACAUUACAUAGCUACAGUUCAAAAGCCUACAAUUAUCUCAGGGAAAAGAAACAACUUCCUCUUCCAUCAGUGACGACUCUCAAUCGCUGUGUAUCAAUGCUGGAUAUUGAACCCGGUGUGUUGUUACCCGUGAUUCAACUUUUGAAACAAAAAACGAAGAAAAUGUCAGAUUUUGAGCGACUGUGUGUGCUGUCAUUCGAUGAGACUAGUGUUGCUUCCAGCUGGACGUAUGACAAAGGUACUGACAAUUUGUGCGCACCUAAAAGCAAACUUCAGUGUGCUAUGUUGAGAGGAUUAGCAAGCCCUUGGAAACAAUUAGUGUACUAUAACUUCGACACCGACAUGACCAAAGACAUAUUGUUUGAUAUCAUUGUUCAGGUGGAGGAAGCUGGCUUUUUAGUGGUUGCAAUGGUGUCUGAUAUGGGGCCAGCUAAUGUAAAACUAUGGAGAAGUCUCAGUGUUGACAUAAAUAACACAAGUUUCUUAAACCCAGCAUGUGGUGACCGGGACAUUUUUGUGUUCGCCGAUGCCCCUCACCUAAUCAAACUAAUAAGAAACAACUUUUUAGACUCAGGAAUCAGACUGGACGGUAAAAAUGGAUGCAAAACUGCUACCAAUGGAUGUGUCCGUGAAAUAAUUCAGAGAAGCGUAAAGGACUUGAAAACAACAUUCAAACUGGGCGACAGGCACGUUCAUGUGUAUGGUACCCAGCGAAUGAAUGUUCGCCUGGCUGCACAGCUAUUGUCUGAGACAACAGCGAAAACAUUACAAUUUUUUGCCAAACAAGGACUCCUUAAGAGUAAGAAUUGGCAAACAAGUGACUUCAUUAUGUUGUCGGACAGCUGGUUCGAUCUUUUUAAUUCCAAAGUACUUGCUAACACAAAGUCAUCUAGAGAUGCGUAUGGGUGUCACUUGACUAAUCAAAACAAAAUUCUCAACACCAUGAUAACAACAGCUUCUACAAUGAGAGUGGGUAACAAAGAU